UAACGCGUGUGUUCAAACUCUCUCUCCCUCGAUCCCUCUCUCUUGCCCUCUCUCCCUCCCUCUCUCUCUCUUCACUCUCGCUCCCUCGCUCUCCCACUCUCGGUUUCUCUCCACCACCUGCCCACUUCCCCCUCCGACACCCCUGCCUGCCUUAUGUCGUCGUGAUUUCAGGGAAAAAUAAUUUCGGAUGGAGGAGAAUGUAGCGUCGGAGCGGAGCACCCAAGCAGGUUUUCUUUGGACUUGAUGCCCCUCCGUGCGGAGAUGGUUGAGCCCUCCUCAUCCAGGCUGCUUUGGUACCCUCCUAAAACCCAGCGCUGCUCACUCGGUUCCAGCCAUCAUCUGACAUAGCCGGGCAGGCAGGAUCGCCUGUCUCUGGUCUGAGAGAGGAGAGGAGGCAGCGUAACCAGCCCUAGACCCAGUGCCCAGUCAACAGCCUUACUAGGGGAGAGUACAUGGUAUAGUUUUUUGAUUUUGAUGAUGAAGGGGAUCCACAGAGACGGAUAUUACGACGGAUCUAUCGAGCUCUCUGACUUGUUCAACAGAAGAUGCAUCAGAUGUGGCCGAGGGGACUUGGUUCGAGCUAAAAGGAUGAGGAUUAGGACGGGGAUCCUAUUUUGGAAUCUCGUCUUUUCGCUGAUGUUCACUUGUGUCAAAGGGUUCAUCCAUACGUGUGGCGGCACUUUAAAGGGGAGGAACGGGACGAUAGAGAGCCCAGGUUUUCCGUACGGAUAUCCCAACGGAGCCAACUGUACCUGGGUGAUUGUGGCCGAGGAGAGGAACAGGAUCCAUAUAGUUUUUCAAUCUUUCGCGGUGGAGGAGGAAUAUGACUUUUUAUCUUUGUACGACGGGCACCCGCACCCCGUCAACUUCAGGACAAGGUUAACAGGGUUUACUAUUCCCGCUCCCGUAACCAGUACUGGAUCCAUCUUUUCGCUGAGACUUACCAGCGACUUUGCAGUAAGCGCUCACGGAUUCAAGAUCGCCUACCAAGAGUUGCGCAGCAGCGCGUGCGGAAACCCAGGUGUUCCGCCCAAGGGCAUCCUGAACGGGACGCAGUUCAAUGUCGGAGACAAGAUCCGCUACCGCUGCGUCACUGGCUACGUGCUGGACGGCCACUCGCUCCUCACCUGCGUCUCCAACACGGCCGGGGUCUCCGUCUGGGACUUCCCGGUCCCCAUCUGCAGAGCGGAGGACACCUGCGGAGGCACUCUGCGCGGCCCCAGCGGCCUCAUCUCCAGCCCCGACUUCCUGGGCGGCGGCGCCUCCCCGGGGGUCAGCACCGUCACCGCCGGUAACCCCGGCAACGGGGACUGCAAGUGGACCAUCCUGGCGGACCCGGGGGACACCAUCUCGCUGGUCUUCACCGAGUUCCAGAUGGACGACAAGUCGGAUUACCUGGAGGUGGAGGGAUCCGAACCGCCCACCAUCUGGCUUUCCGGGACGAACAUCCCGGCACCCAUCAUCAGCAACAAGAACUGGCUGCGGCUGCACUUUGUGACGGAGAGCAACCAUCGACACAAGGGCUUCAGGGCCCAGUACCAGGUGAAAAGCUCUGGAGAGCUUAAAUCCAGAGGGGUUAAAUUAUUACCAGGAAAGGACAACACUAACAAACUCUCUUUGAUGAAUGAAGGCGGAAUCAAGCAGGUGUCUAAUUACUGCCCCGACCCAGGGGAGCCCGAGAAUGGCAAGCGGAUUGGCACCGACUUCAGCACCGGAGCGACGGCUCAGUUCACGUGCAACGAGGACCACGUGCUGCAGGGCUCCAAGACCAUCAGCUGCCAGCGCGUGGCCGAGGUGUUCGCCGCCUGGAGCGACCACAGGCCCGUCUGCAAGGUGAAGACCUGCGGCUCAAACCUCCAGGGCCCCUCGGGGACCUUCACCUCCCCCAACUUCCCCAUCCAGUACGAGAGCAACUCCCAGUGUGUGUGGAUCAUCAGCGCCAGCGACCCAAACAAGGUUAUCCAGAUCAACUUUGAGGACUUUGAUCUGGAGAUCGGCUAUGAUUCGCUGACCAUCGGCGACGGUGGGGAGGUUGGCGACUCUAAGACGGUCAUUCAAGUGUUGACCGGCAGCUUUGUUCCUGACCUGAUUGUCAGCUUAUCCCAUCAGAUGUGGCUCCAUCUCCAGUCUGAUGAGAGUGUGGGCUCCAUCGGAUUCAAGAUCAACUACAAGGAGAUUGACAAGGAGAGCUGCGGUGACCCGGGCACUCCGCUCUACGGCUACAAAGAGGGCGGGGGCUUCCUGAACGGGGACGUCCUCCGCUUCGAAUGCCAGUUUGGCUUCGAGCUGAUCGGCGAGAGAACCAUCACGUGCCAGAACAACAAUCAGUGGUCCGCUAAUAUCCCCAUCUGCAUAUUCCCGUGUUUCUCCAACUUCACGGCGCCGAUGGGCACGGUGCUGUCCCCGGACUACCCCGAGGGCUACGGGAACAACCUGAACUGCGUGUGGCUCAUCAUCUCGGAGCCGGGCUCGCGCAUCCACCUGGCCUUCAACGACUUUGACCUGGAGCCGCCCUACGACUUCCUGACCAUCAAGGACGGCGGCGAGCAGUCGGGCGCCACCAUGCUGGGACGCUACUCCGGGGCGGAGGUGCCCUCCCACCUGACGUCCAACAGCAACGUCCUGCAGCUGGAGUUCCAGGCAGACCACUCCAUGUCGGGCCGCGGCUUCAACAUCACCUACAGCACGUUCGGGCACAACGAGUGCCCCGAUCCCGGCGUUCCCAUCAACGCUCGGCGCUUCGGAGACAGCUUCCAGCUGGGCAGCUCCAUCGCGGUGGUGUGCGAGGAAGGCUUCAUCAAGACCCAGGGAGCCGACACCAUCACCUGCCAGCUGGCCGAGGGGAAAGCCAUGUGGAGCGGACUAAUCCCCAAGUGUGAAGCUCCGUGCGGGGGUCACUACUCGGGGGCCUCGGGGGUGCUGCUGUCCCCCGGCUGGCCGGGCUACUACAAAGACUCCCUGAGCUGCGAGUGGGUCAUCGAGACGGAGGCGGGACGCUCCGUCAAGAUCAGCUUCGACAGGUUCCAGACCGAGCUAAGUUAUGACUUCUUGGAAGUGCAUGACGGGCCCAACCUACUCUCCCCUCUGAUUGGCUCAUUCAACGGAACCCACGUGCCUCAGUUCCUGUUCAGCAGCGGCAACUUCCUGUACCUGCUCUUCACCACCGACAACAGCCGCUCCAACAGCGGCUUCAAGAUCUUCUACGAAGUCGUUACCCUGGACACUUACUCGUGCAUGGACCCGGGCAUCCCGGUAAACGGAGCGCGACUGGGCCACGACCUGUCCAUCGGCGCCACCGUCACCUACCGCUGCGAGCCCGGCUACCGCCUGAGCCAUGAAGAGGCGCUGGCCUGCGAGAGGAACCACUUCUGGAGCAACCCCCUGCCUACCUGUGACGCGUCGUGCGGGGGCGACAUCCGAGGUCCGGGCGGUAUCAUCCUGUCUCCGGGCUUCCCGGAGCUCUACCCCAGCUCCCUCAACUGUACCUGGACCGUGGAGGUCAGCCAUGGCAAAGGCGUCCAGUUCACCUUCUACUCCUUCCACCUGGAGGACCACCACGACUACCUGCUGAUCACGGAGAACGGCAGCUUCAGCCGCCCCCUGGCGCGCCUCACCGGGUCGGAGCGCCCCGCGCCCGUCAACGCCGGCCUCUACGGGAACUUCAAGGCCCAGCUCCGCUUCAUCUCGGACUUCUCCAUAUCGCUGCAGGGCUUCAACAUCUCCUUCUCGGAGUACGACCUUGAACCCUGCGAGGACCCCGGCAAGCCCCAGUUCGGCGGGCACGCGGGCUCCAGGUUUGGGAUCGGCGACUCCCUGGCCUUCACCUGCAACGCGGGCUACCGCCUGCAGGGGGCCAGGGAGGUGGUGUGUCUGGGGGGAGGCCGGCGCAUGUGGAGCGCCCCUCUUCCAAGGUGUGUGGCUGAGUGUGGGUCGACGGUCACCGACAGCGAGGGCACCCUGCUGUCCCCCAACUACCCCAUGAACUACGCCGACAGCCACGAGUGUGUGUACAGCAUCCACGUCCAGACGGGCAAGGGCAUCAACGUCACCGCCGCUGCCUUCCAGCUCGCCCAGGGAGACAUCAUCAAGGUGUACGACGGCAAGGACACCGCGGCCCACCUCAUGGGCAGCUACACGGGCACGGCCAUGCUGGGCCUGUCCCUCACAAGCACCUCCAACCAGCUGUGGCUGGAGUUCUACUCUGACCAGGAAGCCACUGGGGAGGGCUUCAAGCUCCAGUACUACAGCUUUGAGCUCUCCCACUGCGAUGAUCCCGGCGUGCCCCAGUUCGGCUUCAAGCUGUCGGAGGAGGGCCACUUCGCGGGUAGCGCCAUCACGUACGGCUGUGACCAGGGCUACACGCUGCACGGCAGCGGCACGCUGGCCUGCAUGACCGGGGAGAGGAGGGCCUGGGACAACAACCUGCCCUCAUGCAUAGCCGAGUGCGGUGGCAGUUUUAAGGGCACGUCCACUGGGCGUAUUCUGUCCCCAGGAUAUCCAUUUCCUUACGACAACAAUCUGAGAUGCACCUGGACUAUCGAGGUGGACUCCGGCAAUAUCGUCAGCCUCCAGUUCCUGGCCUUCGACACAGAGGCGUCCCACGACAUCCUGAAGGUGUGGGACGGGCCCGCCGACAACGAGAUGUCCCUGAGGGAGGUGAGCGGCUCCCUGCUACCCGAGGGCAUCCACUCCACGCUCAACCUGGUCACCAUCCAGUUCGAGACCGACUUCUACAUCACCAAGUCGGGCUUCGCCAUCGACUUCUCCAGCUCUCUGGCCACGGCCUGCAGGGACCCGGGUAUGCCCAUGAACGGCAGCCGCAACGGGGAGGGGCGGGAGCCCGGCGACGCGGUCACCUUCUCCUGUGACCCGGGAUACGAGCUGCAGGGGGAGAGCCGGAUCACCUGCAUCCAGGUGGAAAACAGAUACUACUGGCAGCCCAGCCCCCCCAGCUGCAUAGCCCCAUGCGGCGGGAACGUCACGGGAUCGUCGGGAUUCAUCCUCUCCCCAAAUUUCCCGCUGCCGUACCCGCACAGCAAGGACUGCGAUUGGCUCAUCGCCGUUCACUCCGACUACGUCAUCUCCCUGGCGUUCAUCAGCUUCAGCAUCGAGCCAAACUACGACUUCCUGUACAUCUACGACGGGCCCGACAGCAACACCCACCUUCUGGGGAGCUUCCAGGACAGCAAGCUGCCGGAGAAAGUGGAGAGCACGGCCAACUUCAUGUACCUGGCGUUCCGCAGUGACGGCUCCGUGAGCUACACCGGCUUCCACCUGGAAUACAAAGCCAAACUGCGGGAGGCUUGUUUUGAUCCGGGCAACGUGAUGAACGGCACCAGGAUGGGCACCGACUACAAGCUGGGCUCCAUGGUGACGUUCCAGUGCGAGGCUGGCUACGUGCUGCAGGGCUACUCCACGCUCACCUGCAUCAUGGGAAACAGCAAGAGGCCGGAAUGGGACCGGGCCAAACCAAGCUGUCAAGCCCCCUGUGGAGGUCGCUCCAUGGGCUCCGAGGGGACGGUGCUGUCCCCAAACUACCCGCAUAAUUACACCAAAGGCCAGAGCUGCCUCUAUGACAUCUUUGUCCCCGGUGAUUUUGUUCUAUUUGGCCAGUUUGUGGUGUUCCAGACCCUGGCCAGUGAUGUGGUGGAGAUAUACGAUGGGCCCUCCGCCGACUCCCCCCUGCUCUCCUCCAUCCACGGCUCUCACUCAGGAGAGACGCUCCCGCUGAGCUCGGGGAACAAGAUCACCCUCAAGUUCACCACCACGGGGGACGAGACGGCCAAAGGAUUUCAUUUUGUUUAUCAAGCCGUCCCCAGGACCAGCGCCUCCCAGUGCAGCUCGGUCCCCGAGCCUCGCUUCGGGAAGCGGAUCGGGAACGACUUUGGCAUCGGCACGGCGGUGGUGUUCGAGUGCAACCCGGGCUACGCGCUGCACGGCUCCAGUGCCAUCAGGUGCGAGGCCGUGCCCAACACCCUGGCCCAGUGGAACGGCACCGUGCCCACCUGCAUCGGUGAGUCGCCCCCGCCCAGCACAGACAGACAAAUUCGAGAAAGGUACAGAUCCUUGGAACCCCGAACCCAGCCCUUUCUUUACCUUCUCCUUCCUCCCCCAGCCUACGAGCUGCAGAGGUGCCCGGACCCGCGGCCCUUCCGGAACGGCAUCGUGAUUGGCCGGGACUACAGCGUGGGGAUGACCAUCUCCUUCGAGUGCCUGCCGGGCUACACCCUGCUGGGGGAGGCUUCCCUCACCUGCCUGCACGGGGUCAGCCGCAACUGGAACCACCCCGUCCCCCGCUGCGAAGCUCUUUGCGGCGGGAACAUCACGUCCAUGAACGGCACCAUCUAUUCCCCGGCGCACCCUGGGGAGUACCCCAACUUCCAGGACUGCAUGUGGACGGUGCGGGUGCCCCCGGGGUACGGCGUCUACAUCAGCUUCUCCGUCAUCAACACCGAGCCCAUCUACGACUACAUCACCGUGUGGGACGGCCCUGACCAGGCCUCUCCCCAGAUUGGCCAGUUCAGCGGAAACUCUGCCCAAGAGGGCGUGUCCACCACCGCCAACCAGAUCCUCAUCAAGUUCCACAGCGACUUCAGCACCAGCGGCUUCUUCGUGCUGUGUUACCAUGCGUACCAGCUGAGAAUAUGUCAGCCCCCGGCGCCUGUGGUCAACGCCAACAUCCUGGCGGACAACGAGGAGUUUGAAAUAGGGGACAUUAUCCGCUACUCGUGCCUGCCAGGGUUCACUCUGGUGGGCAGUGAGAUUCUGACCUGCCGGCUCGGAGAGAGGCUGCAGAUGGAUGGACCGCCGCCCGUCUGCCAAGUCCAGUGCCCGGCCCACGAGGUCCGCUUCGACUCCACGGGAGUCAUCCUGAGCCCCGGGUUCCCUGACAGCUAUCCCAACCUCCAGAUGUGCUCCUGGCUCAUCAACGUGGAGAAGGGCUACAACAUCACGCUGCACUUUGAACUCUUCCAGACGGAGAAGGAGUUUGACAUCCUGGAGGUCUUUGACGGCCCCAACAUCAACAGCCAGAGCCUGGCAUCUCUGAGCGGGGACGUGGACACACCCUUUAACCUCACCACCACGGGCCACCAGCUGCUACUGCGCUGGGCGUCCGACCACGGCACCAACCGGCGCGGCUUCCGCAUCAGAUACGUGGCCAUGUACUGCAGCACCCCCGACUCCCCGCAGCACGGCUUCGUGGUGAGCCAGACGGGGGGCCACCUGAACAGCGUGGUGCGCUGGGCCUGCGACCGCGGCUACAAGCUGAUCGGGAAGGCCUCGGCCGUGUGCCGGAGCACCCCCUACAACUACUACGCCUGGGACAGCCCCGUGCCCGCCUGCCAAGCGGUCUCCUGCGGCCCGCCCGUCGCCCCGGCCAGCGGCGGCGUGCUGGCGACAGACUACUCGGUGGCCACGCGCGUGACCUACUUCUGCGGCAGCGGCUACCGCCUCUCCUCCAAGGAGCUGACCACCACCACCUGCCAGGCCGACGGCACCUGGAGCAACCACAACAAGACCCCCCGCUGCACCGUAAUGACGUGCCCGAGCCUCAGCUCGUUCUCAUUGGACCACGGGAAAUGGAAGAUCGUCAACGGCUCUCACUACGAGUACGGAACCAAAAUCAUCUUCACCUGCAACCCCGGAUACUACCGCCUUGGCCCCGCCCACAUCCAGUGCCAGGCCAAUGGGGCGUGGAGCUGGAGGAGCGAGAGGCCGCGGUGUCGCAUCAUCUCGUGCGGAGACAUCCCCACGCCGCCCAACGGAAAGAAGAUCGGCACGCAGAACACCUUCGGCGCCUCGGCCAUCUUCAGCUGCAGCCUGGGCUACGUUCUCACCGGCUCCAGCGUCAGGGAGUGCCUGCUGUCGGGGCUUUGGAGCGGCAUGGAGACCCUCUGUCUGGCGGGUCACUGCGGCAUCCCCGAGAGGAUCGUCAAUGGCCAGGUGAUCGGGGAGAACUUUGGCUACCGCGACACGGUGGUCUACCAGUGCAACCCCGGCUUCAGGCUCAUCGGCUCCUCGGUGCGCAUCUGCCAGCAGGACCACAACUGGUCUGGCCUGCUGCCCGCCUGCAUCGCGGUCACCUGUGGCCACCCGUGCAGCCCCAUCUACGGGCGGACCAUGGGGGAGGGCUUCAACUACAACGACGUGGUGCGCUUCGCCUGCAACAAGGGCUACACCCUGGAGGGCCCCUCCACUGCCCAGUGCCAGGCCAGCAGGCAGUGGAGCCAGCAGCCCCCAACCUGUAGAGUGGUGAACUGCACGGACCCGGGAAUUCCGGCCAACUCCAUCCGGGAGAGCAAGAUCGAGCACGGGAACUUCACGUUCGGCAGCGUGGUGUUCUACGACUGCAACCCGGGCUACUACCUGUUCGGAUCCUCCGUGCUCACCUGCCAGCCGGCCGGACACUGGGACAAACCCCUACCGGAGUGCCUGGAGGUGGACUGUGGCAACCCUGGCGCCCCACCCCAGGGUGUCAUGGUGGGGGAGAAGUUCACAGCGGGCUCCACCGUGCACUACUCGUGCAUGGGCGAACGACAGCUCCUGGGCGACGCCUCCCUCACCUGUCAGCUCAACGGGCACUGGAGCGCGGCUCUGCCCCACUGCUCAGGCACCACGGGCGGGGCCUGCGGGGACCCCGGCACGCCGGUCCACUCCUCCAGGGAGGCGGGCAACUUCAACGUGCGCAGCAAGGUGCGCUUCACGUGCACGGCGGGCCACACGCUGUACGGCUCGGCCGAGCGGAUCUGCUUCCCCAACGGCACCUGGUCAGGCCGCCAGCCCUUCUGCAAACCGGUGCAGUGUGGUAACCCGGGCACCCCUUCCAAUGGCCACGUGGGCCUCAUCGACGGCACCACCUUCUCCCACUCGGUGGUGUACUCCUGCAUGGACGGUUACUCCCUGUCCGGCUGGCCCACGCGCCAGUGUCUGGCCAACGGCACCUGGUCAGGUGCCGCACCCAACUGCACACUGAUCACCUGCGGCGAGCCGGGCGUCCCGGCCAAUGGGCUGCGCUUCGGCGACGACAUCACCGUGGGCCACAACGUGACGUUCGCGUGCCAGCCGGGUCACGUGAUGGUGGGCGGCGGCCCUUCGGUCACCAGAGGGUGCACCAGCAACGGCACCUGGAGUGGCGCCAUGCCCGCCUGCCAAGUGGUGACGUGCCCGACCCCGCCCGCGGUGCCCAACGGCGUGCGGGAGGGCACGGUCCUGGAGUGGGGCGCCAGCGUGAGCUACCGCUGCCUGCCCGGCUACGAGCUGUCCUUCCCGGCCGUCCUCACCUGCACGGGGAAGGGUGCCUGGAGCGGAGAGACGCCUCGCUGCCUACCCAAGUUCUGCGGGGACCCGGGCACCCCGGCCCGGGGACGGAGGGAGGGCCGGAGCUUCAUCUUCAAGUCGGAGGUGUCGUACAGCUGCGGCCCCCCCCUCCUGUUGGUGGGCUCCACCACCCGCCUCUGUCAGGAGGACGGCACCUGGAGCGGAGCGCCCCCCCGAUGCAUAGAGCCGUCCAGGACCAGCUGUGAGAACCCGGGCACGCCGCAGCAUGGCUUCAUGAAUUACACCACCGGGUUCAAGGUGGGCAGCCGGGUGGAGUUCCAGUGUCAACAGGGCCACCUGCUCCAGGGCUCCACCACCAGACUGUGUCUGGCAGAACUCACCUGGAGCGGAACACAGCCUACAUGUGUCCCCCACUCCUGUAAGCAGCCCCGCAGUCCGCCCAGUGCUGACGUGGUGGGUCUGGAGCUGCCCCCCUACGGCUUCACGCUGGUCUACGCCUGCCAGCCCGGCUUCUUCCUGGCCGGCGGCUCGGAGCACCGGGUGUGCCGCUCCGACGGCAGCUGGACCGGGAAGGUGCCCGUCUGCCGAGCCGGCUCCAAGUCGCAGGAGAAGAGCGCCAAGCCGAUGCAGGGGACGGCCAGCCCCAAGAUAAAUGUCCCGGACGACGUGUUCGCGCCUCACUUCCUGUGGAAAGGCUCGUACGACUACAAGGGGCAGAAGCAGCCAAUGAGCCUGACAGUCACCAGCUUCAACGCCUCCUCGGGCAAAGUCAACGCGACCCUCACUGACAGCAACAUGGAGUUCCUUCUUUCCGGAGUGUACAAGAGCCAGGAGGCGCGGCUGACGCUGCUGCUCAGACAGGCCCGGGCCCUGGCCCACGGCUCCCCCUUCAGCAGGAUCACACACGACUCCUGGGCCAUGGACGGAUUCGUUUCCGCGGAGCCAGAUGGCGGCAGCUACGUGCUGCAGGGCUCCAUCCAGGGUAAAGACUACGGGCAGUUUGGACUGCAGAGACUGGGCAUGAGCGUGCGGGAGAACGUCACGGCGGUGGAGCCCGAGUCCAGCGGCGCCACCAACAGCAGCUCCGUGGCCGUGGCCAUCCUGGUGCCUUUCUUCGCCCUCAUAUUCGCGGGGCUCGGCUUCUAUCUCUUCAAGCAAAGGAAAACGGACAAGGCGCAGUACACAGGCUGCGCGGUGCACGAGAACAACAACGGCCAGGCCACCUUCGAGAACCCCAUGUACAGCAGCAGCAGCACCGCCAAGGCGGCCGAGGGCAAGGUGGUGCGCUUCGACCCCACCCUCAACACCGUCUGCACCAUGGUCUGAGGGCUGCCUAGUGGGGCGGAAGGAAACACAGUCAGCACAUAUUCACGCGCGCAUACGUACGCGCACGGAGGGAACGCACGCAUAUGCUUUAUGCUGCACACGCGCGCACACACACACACGCACACACAUUAAAGAAAAGAGAGAAACAAACACAGGGCAUGCAUAUAUUUCCUGUUUCCGCACACACACACACACACACACACACACACACACACACACACACACACACACACACACACACACACAAGCUAGGUCUAGGCAACACAAAGCACACUUUGAGCAACAGAUAUGACGGUUCAAUCAUUUGCUGAGUAAGUGAGGUAAUGGAGGGCUUUAGGUCGGCCCCCCCUCCUCCUCCUCCUCCUCCUCCGUUGGGUGAAGAGAUAGGUUUAUUUAUUUCUUUACACUCCGUGAGUGUCAGCUUUAUUAAGAAAAGGACAUAAAUACUAAUAAAAAUAUCAAAGCUGCCCCUCCUCCCUCCGAGAGUAUUUUAUAUUCCUGGGGUGCGGGGGUGGGGGGGGGGGGGGGGGGGAGGCUGAGUCGAAGAUGCCAAACUACAUGUUGAGUCCCGGACGGCGUCGUUGUUGUGUAGCGGCCAUUUCCCCGGCGGCAGUCUGGGGGUGCGGGGGGUCUAGGUACUAGAGAAGAGACUGAUGUGGGCACUGUUCCCCCUUCAAGGUUCAUUUCCCCCCCCCCCCAAUUACCUCUGCAUCGAUGUUUACCCCCUCCACACUUAAAAAGAGAACGUUUAAAUUUCCAGAUUCUUUGGGGUGUUUGGAGUUUUAUUUAUAUCCGUACGGUGUGUGUACGGUUUCCAGUGUCAUGGUGUCCCUCUAUGGAUCUCUCCACAGUGCUGAAUCCAACUGUGAAAAAGUAUGUUUUUCUACGGUAGUUUUAUUGAAAAAAAGAACACUUUUAAGUAUGUCGUACAUGUACCGGGUCGCCAACUCUUAUAAAACUGGCGUUCUGUUGCUGAUUUAAGCACAUCAGUCUUAGAAUAGUCUCGACUUUUCGGUUAUUUUUGAUUUCAACAAGAUUCUCUCGCUCUCUCCAUCUUUCUCUCUCUCUGCUCUCUGUGCUAUAUCUCUCGCUCUCGCUCUUGCUCUCGCUCUCUCUCUCUCUCUCUCUCUCUCUCUCUCUCUCUCUCUCUCUCUCUCUCUCUCUCUCUCUCGCUCUCUGCCUGUCUUGCUCUCUGCCUCUCUUUACUCUCUGCUCUGAAGUUGUAAUUAAAACCUUUAUAAUUAAAGCUUUUCUAAAUGGAACAGAUUAAACGGUACAUUACGAGAGUCCUCUGGAGUUUUUUUCCCGGAGUCCAAACUACCUUGAAUCUGUCGCUCGGAAUGACACGGUCCGACGUCGACCGGCAGUUAAGAGGCUACGACGCUCCGAGCGGAACGUUUUAUUUGGGGAGGACUUCAAAGGGCAUCGCAUCCGUCCUCCAGUAUACGUGUCACUCAUUAUUUUAGUACGUUCACCAAGAAGGACCCGUGGUUUACCCCCCCCCCACCCCCCCCCCCCCUGCGCGAAUCACAAAGUGUAUUUCAUCUCCUCACCAACACCGUAUGUACAGGACACACAUAUGGGAUUUGCACACAACGCACCACCACCACCACCACCACCAUCUCCCAUUUCAACCACUCCUCAUGGAAACGAGUAAUAAACCCACCGCUCACAUCCCAUCUGAGUCAUUGCAGUGCCUUGAGAAAAACACACACACAGAAAAAAAAAAAAAAAACCGGCUACUAUAGGGG